GUAUAAGUGGCCAGGGGCAAGAGAAGUAGACUCGGGCAAUCCCGGUGAGGCUGUAACGUAGCCAUCCCGUGCUGAAGAGUAAUAAAAAAAAUAACAAAAUAACAAAAAAAGGAUAGGUAGAGAGUACUAGAAAACUUGGUUGCCAGCUCACCUCAAGUGUACGAAUGCCAAGAGCUCUCCGGCUCAAUAUGUUACCCUGUGGCGGCGGCCGUAGGAGUGAACUGAGCGCGCGUAUAAGUCCCGGUACGUACUCCGUACUGCGACUAAGCUACGGCCAGUCUGGUAAACACUGCGGGCUCACUCUCGUGUCGUCGUCCGAGGCGUGGCCGUAUCCCGUCUAUCCUAGUCCUUGGUCAGCAAGAGCCAAUGGCUGGUGUCCUAGUGCUACUUGAUUGGGGAAACAAGAGCCACUCAGUCGGGCUUUGAUGGCGGACCACCGGCAGUGGUGGGCCUUGGCCGCAGCAGCUCAGCAGCUCAGCAGCAAUGGCGUCCUACCAGAGCCUGCAGAGAAAGGGAUCAGCGGCCAAAAGAUCCACUGAGAUCAGAGUCGAGGGCGACGCCCCCCGGCUUGGGCUAAGCUUAGCGCCCAAAUGCCACCUGAAGACCGGCGCAGCGGGCGGCCAGCUCAAGGGUCCGAAUGAGCUCAAGCGCCCCAGCCCGGCAGGGGAGGCCCCUGAUGGCCAUGCUCAGAUGAGAAGCCUCUUGCUUGCUGCCAGCGGCUCUCUUGCAGACGUCAAAGGGCGCCUGGGAGCCAUCCAAGUGGCCAGGGCCCAGGGCGUGGACCUGCUGAAGGAGGGCGUAAAUGCAUCAAACGAGAUCGACACAGGGGAUACGGGGACUCGGGCACCUCGAAUUGCAGGGGUGCCGCCUAGCCCCGUGGCGGCACGCAGCCUGUUCGCCUGA